AUGUCUGUUGUAAGAGCAAUUCAGACUGCUAAACCGGGAGAUUCAAUAUGGCAGGACGUACCGGAAGAUGCAUUCCGUCGAAGGGUCAUUGCGCUCUCUGUGGCAACGAAGGGUGUCCCGGGCGACUCGAAACAUUCGGGAUCACGGUCAAGCAGUACUCAAAACUUGCCUCCAUCGACCGAGUCUCGAUUAUUAUCCUUCAGGACCGAGCAGCGCCUUGCAGAUGAUAUUGCAUUUAUCUUGGCAGCCCAUGAAGGUAGUGAAAGUGUCACUGCAGUUUGUGUGGAGGAGAUUCCAGAGCCUCCGGGUCUUACCAUACGCGUUGGUGCAAAUGAAGGAUUGCAAGGGAAGGCCAAGACUACAUUGCAACAAAUAUGUGAAUCUCUGAUGUCUUGUGCAAAGGGCGAUAUGAAGCUCGAGGAGUGUGGUUCGACACUGUCAAAACUGGUAUUGAGUUUCUCGCAGGAGCGCAUUCUGUCUCGCAUGCGAUUAUUCCUUGGGGAGCUUCCUUCAUCAUCUAUUUCAAGCAGGAGGGAAUCAACGAGCUCUUCAAGGUCGGGUGCUGAAAAGACGUUACGCCGAAUGCAAGCUGCGGCUUGUACACCCGCUGCCAACGAUCUUGUCAGAAAAUUAUCGGAGCUGAGGAGGGUGUUUGAGGACGUCCUGGGCUCAGGCGAUUCAUCGCGCGGAUGGGAGCUGCAGGAAGUUGUCAAGGAGAGCUUCGCCAUCACAACUUCCGAAGGACAAGUGCCUUUCCGCGUUAAUCUCGAGAACGCUGGUCUGAAUGCCCAAGAAUGGUUGAACAACAAGUACAUUACGCAGAUCGACAAGCUUGGCGCGUAUCACCGAAUUCCACAGACCUUGACCAGAGAAGCUCGCAGGAGGAAAACUAGGCAUCUGUUCUCGAAUAUCAAGCCGGCUUUCAUCGACCCGUAUGAACCUCGAAUGAGUUCUAUAUCUCUUACCGGAACGAAGGUCCCUUGUUACGUCCACGCGGAAAUACAGUUGAUUGUACAUUAUCUUCUUUCAACGACUCCGAUACUGCCCCGAGUCAUUGGAACCAGUAAGGAGGCAUGCUUCCUGUGCCAUCUAUUCAUCAAAAGGCUCGGGAGUUUCGUCAUCACGGCUACCCACGGGCGGCUAUAUGACCAGUGGACCAUUCCGGACCUUGCAGAGUACUUGCCAGGACAGGUUAUAGCGCUGAGGACGGUUAUACGGAGAAUGAAUCGUGACUGUUCACUCCUGGGAAGGAAAAAACAGCCGCGCCGUGGUCAUCAUCACCUCACGAGUAGACAGAACCUGUACGAAAUGCCGACAUUUUCCCCUUUGUCCACGCUGUUGAGCGCAAGAUUCGACACGCAGUCAAGUUUGCUGCCAGCCGCAGAUGAAAACAGUGAAGGCAUUGAGAGCUCUUCCGCUCGGCGUUCAAGGACUUCGGCAGCAUCGGCAAUCCCAAUCUCUAGUAACGAGGGGUCUCCGCCACAAUCCGACGGGGGAACAACUACAACUACAGAUUCUUGGUGGAACUCGAGUCUAAAGACAGAAACCCGAACCCUCGGCGGCAGCGGCACAGCAACCAAACCAGAGCACCAUGAUGUAGUCUUGGGCGGUGGUCACUCCGAAAGCACAGUUACCAGCUCUACUCUGACGUCGAACAGCCGCAUCCCAACCGGCGUCAGCCCAGACAGACCAUAUCUUAUCAACCUCCCGGACCUAGAAGUUAUGGUGGAGGUCCAGCCACCGUGCAAUGGGACUAUAAGCUUCAGCACAGGCGGCCAAAUUGACAAGAGCACGGCAAGUCACCUCGUCAAACUUGAGGAUCUCUCGGCAGGAGACGAGGUGGGCUUUCAACGAUCUGAGAAUGAAACUUCUGUGGUGCUUCGCCUGCAGCAAGGCGGCGGUGAUUUGUGCUGCAUUACACUGGAGUGGACAUGA